AUGUGGGAGGGAGGCAUCAACAUUUAUGAGCCAGCACCCCCUACCGGCCCCACUCGGCAGCCCCUGGAGACGCUGGGCAACUUCCGUGGGUGGUACAUCAGGACUGAGCAGCUGCAGCACAACUGCAGCUGGACGGUGAAGCAUCAGUGUGUGGACCUGCUGGCCGAGGGCCUGUGGGAGGAGCUUCUUGAUGACGAGCAGCCAGACAUCACUGUCAUGGACUGGUUUGAGGACAGCCGGCUGGACGUGUGUGUCUAUGAGUUGCACGUCUGGCUGCUGGCAGCUGACCGACACACCACCAUCGCUCAGCACCAUGUGGCCCCCCGGACCUCGGGGCGGGGCCCUCCUGGCCGCUGGGUCCAGGUGUCCCACGUGUUCCGCCAGUACGGCCCCGGCGUGCGCUUUGUCCACUUCCUGCACAAGACGAAGAACCGCGAGGAGCCUGGGGGGCUGCGGCGCACAAGGGUGACGGACUCCUCCGUGUCCGUGCAGUUCAGGGAGUGACCGGCUGCUGGGACCCCUGGUCUCGUCCCGAACGUCGGACUCCACACGCCCCGAACCUCCGACGCCUUGGCAUUUCCCCUGCUCGCUCGGGGCUCCAGGAGGGCAGGGACCCCGUCUUCCCGAGGCCGUGCUCGGCGGACAGGAGGUGCUCAAUAAAUCCCUGCUGACUGACCC